ACACGAAGGUUAUUUUAUCAAAAGUAGUAAGAUUAGAGUUUGUAUUUGUUUAUUUUUACAGUUUCCAGAAAUAAUUAUAGGGCUAAUAAAAUAUUUAUUAUUUCAUUUUAUCGCUCUUUGAACUUCUUUCUAGAAGAAAUUCUUUCUAAGCGAAUAUGAGCGUAAAUCUGCGAGCGUUAAGCUCGAUUUUAAGGCCUAAGGCGAAUAGGCUUGUGAUUGGCAACAAAUACUCAUCGGAUGCUGUCUUUGUACCACCGAAGAGAAUACAAAGAUCACCAACAGACAUUCUUAAAGCCAUUUCAAGCACAGUUGGUAAGGACCCAACGGCUCCACAUUACAAAUAUCAUGAUGACCCGUACCUCAUACCGUACUCACACUCGACCAAGAGGUCGUACAGCAUGUCACAGGAAGCAGGCAGGAAAGCCGCUCAGUGGAUCCGAGAGCAGCACGCUGAUCUUUUUCAACAUAAAGAAGCAGAUCCUAUGAUUGAGAAAUUUUCACCAAAACCUGUUUACAAUGAAGAAAGCAAUGUAAACGAGGACAUACUGAAGAAUGUAAUAAAUGCGGCUAAUGUCAGUGAUGCUGUAAUAAUUUAUGAACUAUUGGUUAAGAAAGAACAAGAAAUAAGCCUUCCUACAAAGCUCAGCCUCUUGGAGUUGCUCUGUUUUUAUAAUGGUGAAGAUCCCCUCAGUGAAGAUUGGAUAGAAGAGCGAUGGUACAGGCAGGGUACUAAAAAAAGGGAAUUCGUUAAAAACUGUUGGAGAGGCAAUGAGCCGAUACAACAACUUUUCCGUGAAUUAUCUGAAAGCGAGUUGAAAUCGGAUGCAUACUGUACGCUAAUAUGCGGAAUGCUCAACUAUGGCCAGGUCGACGGAGGUUGGGAUUUAUAUGAAAAAUCUAAAGCAGCCGGUGUCGCUUUGAAUACAGAAACUUUCAACUGUCUUAUAUCAAAGGCGUUUGUACUAAAAGAGGGUCACAGGAUGGUCUUGGAAGUUUUGGAGGGCUUAGCCAAGGAUAUGAAUUCAAGGGGGCUUCGUGCCAAUUUGGGCACUCUAAACAAGCUUCUAAAGACGCUCAGUGCCAUAAGCUCAAACAAGCAGGCCAGAGAAAUGAUUUUUAUGACUUUUUCAGAAUUUAAACGCCUCCAGAUUGAGCCUUCAGCGGCCAGCUACUUUUAUUUAAUGCAAGCCUUUUACAAAAACAAAAAUGAAUUGGAAGGCUUGAUGGUCGAUAUUUUGGAUAACCUCGAAGGGAAAAGGCUGGGAAUGAGGGAUGAGGAUGAUACGAAUUUCUUUCUCAAAGCAAUGGAAAUCGCCUCCUUCGUGCUCAGAGACAAAGAGCUCGCUUAUAAAAUCGACAGUCUCCUUCAUUACGAAGAUAACUACAACCUACUCGGAGCAUCUUUCAGAGAAUCAGUUUAUUACCGUUAUUUCUUUACAAUAAUAUGCGGAAGUGAGUCUUUUGAGGAUUUCUUGGAACUUUAUGACAGGCUCGUACCAAAUGUUUACAUUCCUGAGCCCAAAGUUAUGUCCGAUAUUUUAAUGGCCGUUGAAACUCAAAUGGCCUGGGAGCAUCUUCGUCGCCUGUGGUCAGACAUGGUUUUGUUCGAGCAUUCCGAUAGAAUCGAGCUGGUAGAAAAAGUUCUUGCCAUAGCGGUCGAUUGUUCCAUCGACACCCUUUACGAGGAUAUGGCUCAAAUUGGUUGGUCGGUCUGGCAGAAAAUCGAGGCCCAGUUUGAGGCAAAAAAAAUCCGCACGAACAAUAUAGAAAGGACUGGAGGUAUGCUUGGUCAAUUGUUAACACUUUUCGUAAGAGCGGGCGAACUUAGCAAGGCACAUCUCAUCAUGGAUAAGUUGUUGAGGGAUGAAAACAAGAUAAUUGGAGAGCCGGAUAUCAAAUCAAUUGCGAUGUACUUGGACAGCUGCAUUGCAAACAAGUCCCCUGAUACUGCCAUCAAAUGCAUCAAAUACUGCAACACCAUGGGCUUUAUCGAGGCUACGGCAUUUGCCGUUAAACUUAACAAAGAAUUGGAUUUAAAUGAAAAUCAAAAAGCAAGAUUGUCUGCAAUUGUAGGCAAUGAAUGUCUCGAUUCAGAGAGUUAAUUUAAAAAUACGGAUGUAGUAUUUUUUAUAGUUUAAAUUUUGUACAUUAUAAGUAUUUAAAAAUCUU